AUGAAAAGGAAGCCUGUGGGUUCCUUCAACAACAGCCCUCCCUCUAGUAACCCUUAUCAACAACAAACGAGUUUUAGUAGUCAAUAUACUUCACAGGCAAAUGAUGAACUAAGUCGAUCUCAAUCUUAUUCGUCAACUGCGUCAAACGAGCAACAUCAAUCAGACUCGGCAUCUGACAUGGGUGCUAGUGCUAGUGCUGGUGGAGGUAACAGCAUUCGCAAAACUUCCAGUUCCAUGUUUGGCCUAAAACGACAUAGAGAUAAGGACAUUCAGCCACGGCUGGCCCAUAUUCCACAUCACAAGAAUGAGAGUUUAUCAGAUGUGUCGUCGACAGACUCUGCAAGCAUUCUAUCAGCUGGUACGCAGCUGUCAUCACAUAGUAGACGGCUGUCGCAAAAUCCAUUUCAGCAGCAGUUGCAGUAUCAACAACAAACUUAUCUGCAACAAGCAACAAACCCACAUCAUCAUCAUCUGCUGGUGCUGCUGCUGCACAGUCUACCGCAGCACCAAAACUCACAAUUUACUUCUGCAAGAUCAGCCUCAGCGGCAAACCCGACCCCGUACUCGAAUCCUCCUCCGCAUACAAGGAAGUCAUCCGCUUACUCUGUAUCUACAAUGGGUGCAGAAAAAGCGGCUUUCAAUCCCUAUGAUACCCCAACGCAAUUGUCUCGUCAGCAAACUAACGCCACGACAACGAGCGCGAAUCUAUUAAGCAGAAUGUCAACAAAUAUAUCACUCAACUCUGCUAUGAGACCUAACAGGAGCUCUACAGACGGGGUUGAAAAGUUUCAUGUAGAUCGUCCAUCUUCUGCUUUGGAAAUUGACAAAAUGUUUAAAGUCUUGUUGGAAAAAAUAAAUGUAAAGGCUUUACCGCCACAAGCAGCAAGAGACUUGUUAAACUACGACACAGAUAGAAAGUGGACGAUGAUUGAACAGGAUAUACGUGGCGAGUAUGAACGACAGCUCAAGUCAACUAGUGAGGUACCGGCGACUUAUGCCCAAUUAUUGAGAAAUCACACAAUCACAUCAUCUCAAUUAAAAUAUUUAUGGGUACAAUUACGAAGUGAGCCUAUACCUUGGAUACGAGAGUUUAUUCAUGACUUUAAAGGCGAUGCUUUGCUAUCGGUGUACUUGCAGAAACUUCGUGCUGGAAUGGAAUCGCAGCUGAUCAUCUCCUACAAAGAUGACGUGUUUGACAGGGAGCAUUACGUUAUGCGUUGUUUGAAAUGUGUCAUGAAUCAAAAGUUGGGAGCAGAAAGGAUAAAAACCGAUGUCGACUUAGUUGUGAAUGCAGUCAUUGCCAGUCUUUUAUCACCGAAAUUGAUACUGAGAAAAUUGGCAUCCGAUGUGCUUACGUUUGUUAUAUCAUACAAAUCUAAUAACACUAGACGGUAUCAGAAAGUUCUCGACGCUGUGGAUUCAUUGAACGAGAAGGUGUAUAAUGAUUUCGAAGACUAUGAUGAAAACAACCCAAGUAAGCCAAGAGACUUGAUUCGCAAACAACCACCAGCCAGGUGCAAGCGUUUUGAGGUGUGGUUGGGUUUAGUCGAGAGAACUGUUGAUGCCACAGGUAAGUUUAAUUCAAAUGUCGGCGAAAGAGAAGAAAUUAAAUCACAGUACGUCGGAUCUACGUCCAAGGAAAGCAACUUUCCUGAAUAUUGUGAAGCAACAAUGUUAUUUAUAAACGUCAUACUUGAUAAUGCUCCAGAUUUGAGAGCGAGAUUCCAAUUACGAGGACAGUUCCAGGCAGCUGGUUUGCAUCGGUUGCUCAGCAAGUUCCAAUCCUUACAAUUUUCUCAAGUCAACAAACAAAUAGAAAGGUUUCUGGCGCUGGCUAGGGAUGAUGAAGAGGAAAUGAAAAUUGUGCUGGGCUUCGAUGGCGAUUUGAAUUUCAAUGAUCCCAUUGAUUUGGUAAGGUCAUUAUGGGACAAUUUUAGAGAAUCCGAAAAUCAAAGCCACUUUCUCAGUGCCAUGCAACAUUUGUAUCUCAUUCAGUCUGAAAAGAAAAAUAACAAGCAAGAGCUCGGUCAGAACUUGCGCAUCCUCGACAGCAUCAUACAGAACUUGUCAUCUCACCAAAGUAGUGAUGAAAAUGCGGCUUUGAAUAUUGCCAUAAAUAAAUUGUACGCCAAUAUGAGCACGGAUGAUCAGUACAGGCGUGCGUUGGAGGAGGUAAAGUACUAUAGAAAGGUUGCUGAGGAAGCAACCGCAGAACGUGAAGAAAUGGCAAGACAGGUUGAAAUGGGUGCCGAGGGAAUGAUUACAAGUUUGAAGAAUGAAGUCACCGAGCGAGAACUAAUCAUUGAAAGAUUUAGAAGAACCAACGAGGAGAUGAAGGAAGAAAUUAACAACUUAAAGACCAAAUACAUGCGUGAAAAACAAGAGCAAGAGCUUGAAAUGAGAGAGUUUUUGGUCAUGUUGAAUAGUGGUGAUAUUGAAACUUCAGUCUCCAAAAAGGGCAAGAGAACGACAGCAUCAUUGAAAACAUCGAAUGCGGAGUUGGCGAACAGGUUGAGGAAGCAAAUCCACCGCCGUAGGGCCGAGUCGAGGUUAGAUAAUAAACGUUUAGGCACCCAAGUGGAACCGCUGAAAAGGUUGAGAGCCUUGAGAGACCAAAUGGGGGACAUUGAGAACAUGGCUCGAGAAUUGGAAAUGACUGAUUUUGAGACAUAUACUGAACCCCAGAUGGAGGAGCAAAGUCCUUCAGAACCGGAAAUUGUUGACAUUGUUUCGGAAUCAGAAUCAGAAUCAGAUGUUGAGUCAGAGCCAGAACAAGAGUCUCAAAUUGUCUUGCCACCGAUCCCGUCGCCAGGAAAGAAGCGAGGAAUGCGCCAAGAUGAUUUAACGAAGCUUGAUGGAUUGAGGAAAAAGUUGUAUAACUUGCAAAGUGAGUCGAAUGAUAUCAUGAAGUUUAACACCAGUUCCAUGUUCAACAAACAAAAAUACCUCGCGGUUGAGAGAUUGCAAGAGUUGGAGUCUAGCUUCAAGGACUUUAAUAUUGAUUUCAGUAUUCAAAAUGAGGAGGAUUAUUCUUUCACAUCCAGUGCCGACGACUCAAUUAAGGACAAAACAAAGGAAGUGUUGGGAGAAGUUGAGAGAUUACGAGAUGAGUUGAGAAAGCAAUUAGCUGAAGCGAAUAAACCGAAGUCGCCAAAGAAGAGAAGCUCCGUGAUGAACAGAUUAGAGGACAAAUACAUGAAGGGCCAAGUACAAACCAAUGCUGAUGUUACAAGAGGAGAUACAAAAGAGCACAAGAGAGUAAACAGAAUGACAACAAUUGGCUCAAUGGAUCCACAAUUCCUUAAAGAGUUGAGUAACAAAGUGCACUUGGCGGAACCGAUUGACGCCUCUGUGGUAAAUAAGGAAGCUUCUACGAAAUCGCCCAAGAAGGUAGAUGAGCCCAAUUUGCAAGCGCCAAAUGGCGAUUUUGAACCCAAGCAAUCCUCUGAUGACUCCACAUCUACAGCAAAAGUAGCUGCACCAUCACCACCACCUCCUCCUCCUCCUCCUCCACCUCCUCCUCCUUUACCACCUUUGUUGGGAGGCGAGACAACCAAGCCAGUUUCUGCUCCGCAGCAGCCUGCCCUUCCUCCUCCACCACCACCACCACCACCAUUUUUGAAUGGGUCAUCAUCAGCACCUCCAGCACCUCCUGCACCUCCUGCGCCUCCUGCGCCUCCAUUUCCACCACCAUUGCCAAGUGCCACGUCAUCCAGGAACUCGCCACAGCUUUCUUCCCCAGCAUCAUUGGUCUCUCCAAUCUUUGGAAAUCUUCCACGACCAAAGAAGAAAUUGAAACAAUUGCACUGGGAAAAGAUUGAUCAUACAGAAGUUGACAAUUCAUUUUGGAAGGAACCAAGUUCCGGCUCACUUGCUACUGAAUUGAUGUCAAAAGGUGUGUUUGAUGAGAUUGAACUCAUUUUCGCUGCUAAAGAAAUCAAGAAAUUGGCAUCAAAGAAGAAAGAGGACAUAGAUAAGGUGUCUUUCUUAUCCAGGGAUGUUUCUCAGUUAUUCAGUAUUAACUUGCAUGCAUUCAGUUCGUUAUCGGACGAAGAACUAGUCAUGAAAGUGUUGAGAUGCGAUAAGGAUGUUGUCACCAACUUAAGCGUGCUUGAAUUUUUUGGAAAAGAUGAGAUAACAGAAAUCACAAAUUCAGCAGUAAGAAACUUUGAGCCAUAUUCAACUGACUACAAAAGCGACCAGAUUACGAAGCCAGACAAAGAUCCAUCGGAACUCCAGAGACCUGAUAGAAUCUUCUUGGAAUUGAUGUAUAAUUUGCAGCAUUACUGGAAGUCAAGAACCAGAGCCUUGUCCGUUAUUGCCCAAUACGAAAAAGAUUAUGAAGAUCUUGUUUUCAAACUCCGAGCUAUAGAUGAAUCUGUUGACAGUAUAAAAAACUCGAAGCACUUGAAGGGGGUUUUUGAAAUAAUUUUGAUUGUGGGAAAUUACAUGAAUGAUUCGUCGAAGCAGGCCCGCGGAUUCAAGUUGAGUUCAUUGCAACGAUUAAGUUUUAUGAAGGAUGAGAAGAAUAGUAUGACCUUUUUGCACUAUGUUGAGAAACUUAUUCGAACUCAAUACCCGGAGUAUCUUGAGUUCCUUGAUGAGCUAGCAAAGUGUCACGAAACCGCAAAGUAUUCAAUCGAACACAUUUAUAACGAUUGCAAAGAAUAUGUUCAGAGUAUCAAAAACGUACAGAGCUCGGUCGAUAUUGGAAACUUGUCGGAUAUAUCCAAGUUUCAUCCGCUGGAUCGGGUUUUGAAGACAGUUUUGCCUGCAUUACCUAAAGCGUCGAGAAAAGCGGGAUUACUUCGUGACCAGGCCGAUCUUACAAUGAAGCAAUUUGAAGACUUGAUGCUUUAUUUUGGUGAGGAUGCGCAAGAUCUGUUUGUGAAGAAUUCGUUCAUCAGCAAGUUCACAAGCUUUAUGAAGGAGUUUAAACGUGCCCAAACCGAAAACUUGAAACGUGAGGAAGAGAUCCGAAUUUAUGAGCAAAGGAAAAAAUUGGCCGAAUCUGCAACUAAGAAAAAUGGCAGUGGUAAUGCGACUCCAAGUGAUACCACUGAAAAUGACGAAGACGAGGGUGUUAUGGAUUCAUUAUUGGAAAGAUUGAAGGCUGUGGGUCCAGCUAAAGGGGAACCAUCUUCUGCUAGGAAGAAAGCUUUAAUGAGGCGUCAAAUCUUGGAGAAUAGUCGUAAAUAUUCCAAUGAUGGACUGACAUCCCCCACAAAAUCUGGUUCCUUUGAUUUUACAAGAGAUGUUUCAGAAGGAUCGGACUCACUUGGUGAAGAAAACGUUGAUGUUUUGGAUAAGGACCAUAAUGGCACUGAGGAUAGCAAUUCUGGGGAGAAAGACGCGCCCAUUGGAUCAAGAGCAAAAAAUUUGUUGCAGGAACUUCGUAGUGCCCAUGAAGAAGGUCAACAGGGGGAAAUAACAGCCCAACAGUACAGACUCGAAAGGCAACGCAGAAAACAACAAGCUGAGGUCGAGGUUGAAGCCGAGUCAAAAUAG